AUGUUUGGCGGUCGCAAGUUCUCGGUGAACCGCCACACUGGCGUGCCGAAGCCGCUGAUGCGCCGCUUCAGCGGCGUCGAGCCUUCGGCGAACGAGAUCCAGUCCAAGAUCCAUCGCCAGUUCCGAAACGCCCACGAGGGCCACCUGCCGCACGCCGGCCUCGACGCGAGCCGCUCCUCGACCGGCGUCGUCUGGUGCACCGAACGCGCCUCCGAGUAUGGCUUCCUCGAGGAGCCCGACGCCUGGGCCAACCUGGGCCAGGGCGCCCCCGAGGUCGAGGAUGAUAUUUCUGGGUGCUUCAAGCGGCCCGAGACGAUCGACAUAUCCGUCGCCGCCAGAGAAUACGGCCCCACGGCCGGCAUCCGGCCCCUGAGAGAGGCCGUCGCCAAGCUGUACAACGAGAUGCAUCGCAAGGGCAAGGACAGCCUGUACACGUGGGAGAAUGUGGCCAUCGUCCCCGGUGGCCGAGCUGGCCUGAUUCGCAUCGCUGCCGUGCUAGGCAACUCGUAUCUGAGUUUCUUCCUGCCCGACUACACGGCCUACAACGAGAUGCUGAGUCUCUUCAAGAACUUCGCCGCCAUCCCGGUGCCCCUGUCUGAAGAGGACGGCUACCACAUCCACCCCGACAAGAUCGCCGAGGAAAUCGCCCGCGGCACCUCCGUCAUCCUGACCUCGAACCCGAGAAACCCCACCGGCCGCGUCGUCGCGAACCCCGAACUCGCCGAGAUCCAGGACAUUUGCCGCGGCCGCGCCACCUUCAUCAGCGACGAGUUUUACUCUGGCUACAACUACACGAGCAACUGCGACGGCACCACCAUCUCCGCCGCCGAGAACGUCGAGGACGUUGAUGAGGACGACGUGCUCAUCAUCGACGGCCUCACUAAGCGCUUCAGACUGCCGGGCUGGAGAAUCGCGUGGAUCUUGGGCCCCAAGGAGUACAUCAGCGCCAUCGGCUCGUGCGGGAGCUACCUCGAUGGCGGUGCAUGCCACGCCUUCCAAGAGGCGGCGAUUCCGAUGCUCGACCCUACGCUCGUGCAGAACGAGAUGGUGCACCUCCAGCGCCACUUCCGGGACAAGCGUGAUUUUGUCGUCCGACGCCUGCGCGAGAUGGGCUUCGUCAUCAAAUAUGUGCCCGACUCGACCUUUUACCUCUGGCUCAACCUCGAAGGCCUGCCCGAGACCAUCGCCGACGGCCUCAACUUCUUCCAAGCCUGCCUGGAAGAAAAGGUCAUUGUCGUGCCCGGCAUCUUCUUUGACCUGAACCCCUCGCGCCGCCGCGACCUCUUUGACAGCCCCUGCCACCACUUUGUGCGCUUCUCGUACGGCCCGAGAAUGGACGUGCUGCGCAUGGGCCUCGACGGCAUCGAGCGCGUCGUGAACAAGCACAGAAAGUCGAAUUAG